AUGGCUAGAGUAGAGCUCUGGUAUCUCGGAAGUCUGAGCAUCGUUGCGCUUAUACUUCUCCACCUAGAUCAAUCGCGCUAUACGAAGGUUGAAGAAUCCUUCAACAUCCAGGCCACGCACGACAUAUUGAAAUACGGCGUGCCAACACACAAUGUCUACCUCAAGCUCAAAGCCCAGUAUGACCAUAUGAGCUUCGCUGGUGCUGUGCCUAGGACCUUCAUCGGCCCUCUUAUCCUGGCUGCUUUCGCCAAACCGGUGGUCUGGUAUGGCCAUCUCGACGGCGAGCAGCAGCAAAUGCUAGUUAGAGGACUCCUAGGUCUUUUCAAUGGUUUGGCACUCGUCGGAUAUGCGUCCGGCUUGCUACGUGCGUAUGGCCUUGUGACCGCCAUCUGGUAUACGAUGCUUCAAGCCAGCCAGUUUCACAUUCUAUAUUACGCGUCGCGGACUCUACCCAAUAUGUUUGCAUUCGGGAUCACCACAAUUGCUCUGCGCUUCCUCCUCCCGGACCCAGGAUCGGUGCAGCUCCAGGCCCGACGGACAAGACUAGCACUCUACCUCCUGACCCUUGCUACGAUUAUAUUCCGCUCAGAGAUCGCCUUGCUCCUUGCUUCUCACUGUGCCUAUCUACUUCUGAAAACUGGCACCCUCAACAAUGCCGUCUCCCUCGUCCGAGCAGUUUUCCUCCCGGCCAUCCUCUCCGCGACGGUUGCAGGCCUCCUCUUGACUGUCAGCAUCGACACGUUCUUCUGGCAAUCACGAUCACUGCUCUGGCCCGAACUCGCGGCGUUCCUAUCCAAUGUUCUGCCAUCGAAGGGCGGCCGCGGCGCUUCAGCCUGGGGCACAUCGCCCUGGCACUGGUACUUCACAUCCGCCCUUCCACGACUUCUUCUCAACCCCUUGCUCCUACUACUACCACUCUGGGGCCUAACGACGACCUUACGAUCUUCAAUACUCGAUCUCACCAUCCCUUCCAUGACCUACACAGCUCUAUACUCCAUCCUUCCGCACAAAGAAACGCGCUUCCUCUUCCCCAUCGUCCCGCCUAUCACUGCAGCCGUCGCUCUUUGCGCAGGGUACAUCACCACCCGCCGCCACCGGUACAUCUCGUACAACUUGACCCACUACCUUUUGGUGCUCUCCACCAUGACGUCCGCUUUACUGUCGACAGGCCUGCUUCUUCCCCUGUCCGCACUAACAUACCCCGGUGGCCACGCACUGACAUCUCUACACGCGUUGUCUCUCAAUUACGGCCCCCAGCCCAGGAUAACAGUACACUUGACCAAUCUCGCCCUGCAGACAGGCGUGACGCACUUCCUCGACGAGCCGUCAUCACCAAUGCACGCGCGACCAGUGUUAAUAUUGCCCGGCUCGGCAGACGGCCGGAGGCCAACUCUCACGUCGACACGUCCGACGCAGUGGGUGUACGACAAAACGGACAAUGAGACGGAAUUUCUCACACCCAGCUUCUGGAGUCAAUUCGACUAUGUUGUUGUCGAAGAUCCGGCGCGUGUGAUCGGCGCGUGGGACAUCGUGGACAAGGUUCCUGGCCUGGGAAAGCCGAGCAUCUUGAAACCUGAUCUGGGUCGGGGACUGUUGGUGCUGGGACCGAAGAAGCAGAGGAGGGAAGACGAUGCUUUAUCAAGAUUGACCGAAGAAAUGUACGGCUCUGUGGGCAAGUGGAUGUAUGGAAUAGUGCAUGAUGUGGUCAGAGAAGGAUACGGAGUGGAUAAAGUGCUCGGGCAACGUUGGAGCUGGACCAAAGGUUGGUGGGUGCAUUGGGGGUUGGAGACGAAGUUGUAUGUUUUGAAGAGAAGUGAGAGUGGGAUAGCACCUUGACGAGAUUUGCUACGUUGAAAUGUUGCACAGAGUCUGCGUGCG